UCACAUGUUUAAAGGGUACAUGCUCAUAACCUAUACAUAACCUCAUUUCGAUUCGCUUCCAGCAGUUCAAUGCAUGAUAAGUAUUUACAAGACUGGCGAUUAUAUCCAUUCGCUAUUUUACUAAGUCAUUCGUUAAGGAAAUGCAGAGGCAUUACUGUACUGCAUAAUUACAAAUGAUAUCAUGCGCGUUGACGCACCUCAUAUAAUCAGCGAAUUUAUAAACACAAUAAAUGAGUUGACAGAGAGAGAGUAAGUAUAGCAUAAAAACUACAGCAACAUUGUCGCAACGUUGCAACAUUACAUUCACGCUGGGGAGGAGAAGCCUGGACGAGCUGCCUCCGAUAAAUCCAAGGUUGCCGGGAUGGACGUGAGUGCGUUGUUCAAAGCCAGCGUGAAGGCGGUGAAUCUGCGCAACAAGGAUCUCGGCACGACGGACAGCCAGCCUUCCCGCAGGCAGGCCAGAGACAAGAGCACCUUCUGCGUCAAGGCGCACGCGGUGGUCGGGCAGAUCUCCAAGCUGCGCGAGUUCCUGCUGGAGAACCGGAAGGCCUACCUCAACUUUUCCAACUAUCUGUCCACUGCGCCGCACAUGACAGACGCGGAGCGCGACGAGAUCGACCUGGGCGCGCAGCGAAUAAUGAGCACCUGCUCGCAGCUGGUCAAGGACUUGAAGCGGGAGGUUGCCACGUCCACGGAGAUCAGCCAGCAGAACAUCGAACACCGCGAGAUUAUGCUGCUGCUGAUAGAGGACUACCUGAAGAACGUCUGCAAGAUAUACUCGGAGCAGAAGGCGAUGCGCGUGAAGAGGGCCAUGGAGUUGCGAAAGAUCGCCAGGCUGCAGUCAGAUCCCGGAUCCAUUGAACACUCAUCGUCUGCGACAGUGGUCAGGAAAUCAGCGUUAAACGCGGUAGAGAGAAUUGCAGAGAUAGAUCACGAGAUUAGAGACGGUUCGAGUGACUCGAGCCCGCUGAAGAUUCAAGAGCUCAAUGGCGAUGUCAAUACACUGACAUACGAGGAGGAGCCGUCGGCGGAGGACAUUCAGAUGUUCGAGUCGGAGAACGAGCAGCUCUACAAUGAGCUGAACACCAUGACAGAGGAAGUCAAACAGAUUGAGAGCAAGGUGGUCCACAUCGCCGAGCUUCAGGAGAUCUUCACGGAGAAGGUCUUGGAUCAGGACAAAGAUCUGGACAGGCUGAUGACGACGGUGGUCGGAUCGACAGAGAACGUAAAGGAGGCGAACGAGCAGAUCCGACAGGCGAUCCAGAGAAACGCCGGUCUCAGGGUGUGGAUCCUUUUCUUCCUUCUGGUGAUGUCGUUCUCGUUGUUGUUCCUCGAUUGGUAUAAUCCAUAAGGAGGGACUCCGGUCGCUCUUAAAAUUUGAGCGAGACAAGGCAAUAAAUGUAUGUACAGUAGAUGGUGCGAUCUGUACAUCGAACUACUAAAUUAUUGAAUUUUACGGAUCGUACCAAUUUGUGAUCAUUGUUAUAACUAUCCCUCUACUUAUGACUACUUCGAUUAAAUUUAUUUAUAACUGACAUGUAAUUGACUAAAAAUUAACUAGUAGAUAAUUUAUAUAUAUAAUAUGUUGUAUGAUAAUUUAUAUGUUUAUGUUUAUAUUAAACACUCAUUAAUCGGUGAUUUUAAAAUUAAAAUAUUAAUUUUAUAAUACU